UGUUAAAAAACGUGGAAAAACGAAGUUCUUUCUUUUCCGUCAAAACUUCAAGCAAAAUGCAGAAGAGAAGAGAACCAACUCACGCUGUUCAAGUGUUCGGUAGAAAGAAAACAGCUACUGCUGUAGCAUACUGCAAACGUGGUAAGGGACUUCUCCGUGUCAAUGGACGUCCUUUAGAUCAAAUAGAACCUAAAGUUUUACAAUACAAAUUGCAGGAACCAUUAUUAUUACUUGGCAAGGAAAAAUUCGCCGAUGUUGAUAUUCGUGUAAGAGUAAGCGGUGGUGGUCAUGUUGCACAAAUAUAUGCUAUCAGACAGGCCAUUUCAAAAGCUUUAGUAGCAUUCUAUCAGAAACAUGUAGAUGAAGCUUCCAAAAAGGAAAUUAAAGAUAUUUUAAUUCAAUAUGACAGAACGUUAUUAGUUGGUGAUCCACGUCGUUGUGAACCAAAGAAAUUUGGAGGUCCAGGUGCACGUGCCCGCUACCAAAAAUCAUACCGUUAAAAUUCUAUUCCAUAUUGUAUGUUUUUAAUUGUAUCGUUAUUUAAGACCCUAAAAAACGAUAAAAAACAAUAAAUAUUUCUAAGAAAAAGAAAA